AUGUCGGAACCUGUGACGUCAAUCCGGGAUCCCAUCUUCUUUCGAUGGCACAAGCAUAUCGACGACUUGUUUGAAACGUAUAAAGUCUCCCAGAGGCCCUAUUCGAGGUUCGAGCUGUCCCUCUCUGGCGUGCAACUCGUCAACGCUGUCCUGAUGGAUUCGCCUUCAGAACCCAACGUCCUGCACACCUUCUUCAGAACCUCCGUGUACGAUGCGCGUUUCGGCAUAGACUUCAAGAAAGAAGAGAGUGAUGCUGACUACACGCCUGUGGUUGUGAGAAUAAGGCACCUGGACCAUCGACCUUUCUCGUAUUUGCUUCAGAUCAACAACCGACUACCAACGAGGAAAACAGUUGUGGUGCGCAUCUUCAUGGCUCCCAAAGAGGACAAGUGGGGUCAACCUAUGACCUUUUCCCAGCAGCGUCGCCAUUGGGGAGAGAUGGAUGUGUUUAGCGUCGACCUUGUCCCCGGUGAUAACUCGGUCACAAGAUUGUCACGGCAGAGCAGUAUCUUGGGUCGAGAAAGGUUUGCCAGGAGAGGUCAGCCGGGAAGUGUCUACUUCGACUACUUUGGCUGUGGUUGGCCUCCUCACCUGCUGUUACCAAGAGGAACGAAGUCUGGUAUGAAAUUCCAGGUCUUCAUAAUGCUUACGGACGCCAACCGUGACCUGAUCAGCACCAGCCGUGUCCCCAGGAACUCCUUCUGCGUGCCGCCUCAUGAGAACUUCCAAGACAGAAGACCGAUGGGCUUUCCCUUAGACCGUACAAUGAGAAUGGGCGAUUCCUUACCCAUCGAGGAAAUGUUCGAGGGCUACCCUAAUAUGCUUAAAUCGGUAUAG